CUACGCUAUCGAUUGAGCUAUACAGUAUCAUUCAGUUUCAGUUCUGGUGUGGACUGUACAGCUUGCACAAUCCUACACCAUGUAUCCGAUGUGGUCGGGAAGACCAUCAUUCGUGACAGGCUCCUCCAUUUCUCCUUGUUCACAUUUGGGGCACCCAGGACUGGCCGGCAUUGCGGCCCCGUCUGAAGACUUGGUCAAAUGAAUGGUCUGGGAAAGAGUGGAUGUGACGCAGAAGGGAAGCAUCUGCAUGGAGAGGCCACCAGGGAUGCGGACCCUCUCAAGCACGUGUGGGAGGAGUCUCUAAACCGUGGAAAUCGCUCUCAUUGGCGGCCCCGCUGAAACCAAUGGUGCCGUAGCUCAGGGUGGUUAUCAUUUCCUGCUCAUGUACCUUUCCUCCUAUAAAAGACGCAUCGACGAAGGCAGAUCUGUUAGCAGCGCUUCUCAACUGCCUGAACAUGUCUCCACUCUUCGCCGUCUUCCUGCUGGGAUGUGCCAGCAUGGCAGCGUCUCAACUCCCAGUCCGAGGUGGUUGGAGGGUGCGGGACCCGCAGUCCGACAGCUUCUACUUGGAACUGGCUCAUUUAGCUGUCUCUUCUCAAGUGGAAGGCAAACAGUACUACGACACUGUCGUUGAGCUCCUGGAAGUUCAAACUCAGACUGUCGCUGGAACCAAUUACAAACUGAAGCUGGUGGCAGCGCCAUCCAAUUGCAAAGUUGGAGUGCACGACUACAGCAGCGAACGUUGCAGACCACAAAACCACGCUACUACCAAAGUCUGUGUUGCACAAUUGUACCAUGGCCUCUCGGGUGGACCUUCCCUCACUUCCUAUUCAUGUGAUGCCUAAGAAGAAGAAGAAGAAGAGCAUAAUGUGCUGCUCGUCGUGUGAUUAGUAGUAUUAAAACUUGCUUAUUUGUCUUCCAUUA